UACAGCUAGAGGAGAUAGCAGGUCGCUCUGCAGAUGGCUGGCUCACGAUAAAAAUAGGGUGAAUGAAAGAAAAAUUUGCUUCUAUUUACACGACCGUGUUACAUUCCUUACAGCCGGACGCGGUGCCUUGCAGUCUCAAUGAGACGGCGAUGUUGAUAGUACUGGCUGUCGGCGCUCUCCAGUCAAUAGUCAACCUUUUAAUAAGCAUGAUAGUAAACAAAGUCGGACGGCGUAAUCUAGUGAUGGUGAUAACCGCGUUGUGCGGCGCGAGCGGCAUCCUCGUGAACCUGGUGCCGAACACCAUCGCCAGCGCCGUCCUCUACAUGGUGCUGCUGACCGGUAUUAUAGUCGUCGGACUAUACACUGCCAUCAUUGUAGCACUCUUCCCGACGCAUCUCAGAGCACUGGCGGUUUCGCUGGCGUUGACUGGUGGCCGUAUUGGUACUUUCGCCUCCAUACAGAUCCUAAACGUUCUUUUGGAAACUAAUUGCGACGCAGGCUUCUAUAUAUUUUCCGUACUCUUCGCCUGUGAGUAUACUUCUCCCUAAUAUCAUAGGCAAUGGUUGCGUUGUAAUUGAAUGCAAAUAGAUGGCGCUGUUUUAUUACAUAUUUUCUUGACAAUUUUAUGAUUGAUCAUACAAUU